AUGGAAAGUGAAGAACACAAAUCAGAAGAUGUAGAAGAAAUAUUAGUAACAGAGACCAAAAAGAAAGACAAAUCAGAAGAUGCAGAAGAAAUAUUAGUAACAAACAAAUCAGAAAUUAUAAUAAAAAAAACUGACGAAAAUUGGGAGAUGUCGGUACAUUUAAUCAAAAAAUUAGAAGGAACGGUUCAUCCUACGGAUGAAUCCAAUAAGCAAAUAAUUCAACCCACUGUGCAAAGACAAAUUGAAACACCUCCUACAAGAUUACCUGAUUUCUACGGUAAAUUUGAAGAAUGGCAAAAUUUUGUAGAUCUAUUCACAGAUUUAGUACACUAUAAUCAUAUGUUAUCAUCUUCAAUGAAAUUAGACUACUUAAGAUCCCAUGUAAAAGGAGAAGCACGUAUGGCAAUAAGCCACCUAUUAAAUGGGUCAUCAGCAAAUUACGAUACUGCUUGGUAUACACUGAAAACAAGAUAUGAGAACAAACGGUUGAAUUUCUCACAACAGUUCGAUAAGUUACUUGAUAUGAAAACAAUUAACUCAUCAUCAGUUACAAGCUUAAAAACUUCACAUGAUACAGCUAAACAAUGCAUUCAGAUGAUUGAAUUUAACUCAGAUAAUGAUAUUGAAUCUAAUUGUGACAAAUUAUUUGCGCAUAUUAUUUUGAGAAAAUUAGAUAAAGAAGGUAUACAAUUAUACGAACAGCACGUUAAAAAACCAAGGCAGAUACAGAUGUUAAAAGAUGUAUUUGAAUUUUUAGAACAACAAUUCCAAACUCUUGAAGCUCAAAAUAGGUUGAAAGCCACAAGAAUAGAUUCAAUUAUUCCAACAUACGUUUCAAAAACUCAAAACACUUCCAUUCGAUGCCAAUGUUGUAAUCAAAUAGGACAUCGAAUGUAUAAUUGCAGCAAAUUCUUGGACAUGUCAGUUAGUCAGCGAACAACGAUAGUACGUAAUAAACAACUAUGUGAAACAUGUUUAAGUCAUAAUAAUCGCAGUAAAUGCUACUCUAUGUUCAGAUGCAAAAAAUGUAAUAAAGCUCAUAAUUCUCUUUUACAUAUGGAUUACAAUCAAAAAAAUGUUAGAGUCAACACGAAAAUUAAUAAAGACGAGAAAACCUGCUCCACAAUAAUAAAAAAAGACAAGAAGAAAAGAACUCUACUCCCAACUGUAUUAAUCAGCACGAAAUCUUCAAAUGGAGAUAAUCAUGAAUUGAGAGCUUUGAUUGAUCAAGGCUCACAAGUAUCUAUGGUAUCAGAAAAAAUAGCUCAUUCAUUAUUGUUAAAGAAAAUUAGAUAUAAAACCAAACUAUCAGGACUAUCUAAUGUAAGCAUGGCUACAUCGAAUUCAAAAGUAUUUACGGAAAUAUCAUCGAGAUUCAAUAAUAAAAAUAAAGUUAAAGGAGAAUUUUUGGUGAUAUCCCAUCUAAUAAAAUUAUUGCCAGAAGAACCAAUAGAAGUUGAAGACGCUGUUUGGGAUACUUAUAAGUUGGCGGAUCCUGAAUUUAAUAAAAGCGAUCGUAUUGAUUUAAUAAUAGGAAGCGAUCUUUAUCCAAAAAUAAUAAAAGAAGGUAUUAAAAAAUAUAACGAUGUAGUCGGACAAGAAACUAUAUUUGGGUGGAUAAUAUCUGGUCAAUUACCAACAAAUACAAUAAAAAAUCAAGCAAUAUCAGCUUUAAAUUUAGAGCGAUUUUGGGAAAUAGACGAUGAAAACAACACAAACUUAUGUACAAGAAGAUGA